CUGGAAUCGGAAAGUUUGCUCCUUUACUCUUUUCUCGUUCGCUCUUUGUUUAAUUUGAUUCCUUAGUUGUGUUUUCCCUCUUUUGCAGACAUGAUUCCUUCUGUUGAAGCCAACCGUCCUCUAUCUUUCCCCACCCUUUCAGUCCUUACUGGGAAGGGAAAGGAAAAACUGACUGUUAAAGCCUGGGAUGACACCAAACAGGCCCGGAUGAGGCGACGGGGAGAUGACGGCUCCCAGCUCAUCCCGGUCGAUCAUAUUGUUGAUUUGACCGGUCCAGAAACUGAAGUUAAGAAACCUGCUACCCCGCUCGUCAAGCCUGUGAAUUCAGACCUUGUUAACAUGUCGGUCGAUGACCGGAUGUUAGUGGAGUUCUCCAACAUGGGGCCUCGUUCCGAGGGGAGGUAUCUGUUCGGACAAAUGCCCCCCUCCAUGUGGUGCAACACCUCGUUGAAGGUUCGCCCCCAGUUUCUCCAACCUGACUCAUUGGUAUGACCUGGUCGAGGCAGGUCACCUUGAGGCCCUUAAGGCCGACAUAUAUUGCCACCGGGCUUUUCUGGCGGCCGAACAGGAGAUGAAGCUUCUGGAAAGCGAUCAGGAUGAUAGCCAGACCCUUCUAGAUGCUGCUCGUAAGCUGGCCGUGGAUUUACAAGAUCGUGCCAACAAGGGUGACCACGCAUCAGCCGAGCUGGCGGAGAUGGAGGGCAGGAUCCGUCGUCGCGAUGGGCGAUCAAGUACCUUAAGGCAAAGGUGAAGGUGGCAGAAUCUGACGAGAUUAGGUUCGAUAAGGCCGAGGGAGAAAAUCCCCCGAUCCUUAUACUGCCAAUAUUUCCAAGAUCACAAAUCAAGCGGUGAUUGAUUUUCAACGAGGGAAAGGACUGAAUGUCGCCCUGGAAGAAACCACUCGGCAGUUCUUGGGGCCUCAUCUCGGCCAGUUCCUGUGUGACAGUGAGGACCCUAUCAAGGCGGGAAUCGAGCUUCUGGAUAGCACGCCAGAAGGGAAAGCU